AUCAGUUCACGAUUAACUCCCUUGUGUUGUCUGCAAAAUGGACUUUGAAAUGGGAAAUAAAUGCUGAAUGAGGAAAUGUUAGGAAAAGAAAACAUUUACAAACAUUAUGCUUCUUAAAGUUGGCCUUGUUUGCGUUGUUUGUCUUGUUGUCUUCAUUCAAGUGAUGCACUGUCAUGCAGUUGAUCCUGAUGUAUUUCGCAACAUUACACAGCUGAUCACAAGUAAAGGCUAUCCUUGUCAAGAUCACACAGUAACCACAGCUGAUGGCUUUAUUCUGGGGAUACAGAGAAUACCACAUGGAGCUCAUGGUCGAGUAGGAAAUGGACCAAGGCCUGUAGUGUAUUUACAACAUGGAUUGCUUUGUGACUCUACUUUGUGGGUUACAAAUAUUGUAAAAGACAGUUUAGCUUUUUUGCUAGCAGAUGCUGGAUUUGAUGUUUGGCUGGGCAAUUCUCGUGGAAACACCUAUUCCAGAAGGCACAAGACACUAUCUCCUAAAAAUCCAAAGUUUUGGGAUUGGAGUUGGGAUGAAAUGGCCAAAUAUGAUAUUCCAGCAGCCAUUGAUUAUAUCAUAAAUACAACAGGCCAACAACAAUUGUAUUAUAUUGGACAUUCCCAAGGAACUCUCAUUGGUUUCUCAGCCUUUUCACAGAAUCAACAAAUUGCUAAAAAGGUGAAGCUUUUUAUAGCAUUAGCACCAGUAGCCUAUUUAGGACAUACUGAAACUCCACUGAAGAUACUGGCUCAUUGGCCUGCACAGGUGUACUUUGAUGUAUUUGGAGACAAGGAUUUUCUGCCUUCUAAUUGGUUCUUCAAGUUGAUGGCUUUAACAGCUUGUAGAGACAAAUUGACCCUACCAAUCUGUACCAAUGUAUUAUUCCUGCUCUGUGGUUAUGAUUACAAAAAUCUAAAUCAGUCCAGACUACCAGUAUAUGUAAGCCAUAGUCCAGCAGGUACAUCUGUCAAAAAUAUGAUACAUUAUUCACAGGCAAUAAAGUCAGGAAAGUACCAGAAGUAUGAUUAUGGCCCUGGUGAAAACAAACAGCACUAUGGGCAGUUAACACCACCUCAGUAUGAUGUACGUAACAUGAAGACACCUGUACUUUUGUAUUCAGCAGUGAAUGAUUGGUUGGCCGAUCCAAAGGAUGUGUCAUACUUGAAAACUCAACUACACAACAGAUACAACAGUACAGAAAUUCCUAAGUGGAAUCAUUUAGACUUUGCUUGGGGGAUUGAUGCUGGGAAAAUACUGUAUAGUCAACUCAUACAAAUUCUGAAAAAUUAAUAGUUUCAUCAGAAAUAUAUUAGAUGUCUCUUAGUUUUUUUAAAGUCAGUCAGAAAAAGCAUUAUUUUUUAGUCAGUAUUUCUGUUGUACUAAAAUCAAUCAGUUAUCUGGUCUUUUUUCCUUAUAUUUGUAGAUUUUAUAAUUUCAGAAAUUAAUUGAGUGCAUUUGUUAUUGAGAUUUUUCAAUACAUCAGCAAUGACACACAGAACUAGUUUGCAUUUCUCUCUGACUGACAGACGACAGACUUUCUUUUUUUUUGCAAAAUAACAGCAUUUAGACUUAGAACAUUCCAUGAAAGAUGUACUAGUCUGGACUUUUUAUUGUAAUGUCUACAGAUCUGAUUUUUGGUACAUGAGUGUAUCAUGUGUAUACUGUAUAUUUAUGACCUAUGAUUUGAGUGUGCCUUUUCCUUGGGUUGACUG